CUCGACCGGCCCUCGGCAAUGAAGCUUGCCAGGGCGGAGCCCGCUCGUGUGGCUGCGUGAGACGAAAGCGAAAGCAGCCUGUUCCGCUUCUUGUGCUGAGCGGAGAGACGGCCGACUUGUUUCCUUCUUGCCGGUCCAACCUCUUCCUUCUCCAUCGUAGCAUACCUUGGGCCAACACUCCCGCUCACGCAGCAUGGCAUCCUCCUCCUCUGCAUCAACAGCAGCGCCUCUCGCCCAGCCCAAUGGCUCCCACCCCUCCAGCUCCACCUCGUCGCAACCGCAGUUCGACUCGAUCCCCUCUGCCAUCUCAGCCCUUCAAGCCGGCGAAUUCGUCGUCGUCCUCGACUCGGAAGAUCGCGAAAAUGAGGGAGACCUCAUCAUUCCCGCUGCAAACGUGACACAAGAGCAGAUGGCCUGGCUCAUCAAGCAUUCCUCUGGCUUCGUGUGCAUCUCGCUACACCCGGCGAGGAUUGAGGAGUUGCAGCUUCCUAUGAUGUACCCGAAUAAUGAGGAGCCCCACAAAACCGCAUACACAGUCACAGUCGACUACCGACACGGCACAACGACCGGCAUCAGCGCAGCAGAUCGCUCCCUCACAGCCCGCAAGCUCUCCCAAUCCAGCGGAGCAACCGCCUCCGACUUCUCACGGCCGGGUCACCUCUGUCCCUUGCGAUACACUGAGGGAGGCGUCCGUGUGCGUAUGGGCCACACAGAGGCAAGCGUCGACUUGGCCGUAGCUGCAGGGUUUCCCGCCGCAGCCCUUUUGUGUGAGCUUGUGGACCCGGAUAGCAAGGGAGGGGACAUCGCUGCGAGGGACGCUUGUUUCAAGUUCGCAAGGGAGCACGGGCUCAAGGUGGUAACUAUUGAGGCGCUCAAGAGGUGGAGGGAGGAGAGGGAGGGGCCAUUGAAGCUUUCUGGUGGGGAAGGCGCGUUGGAUCGACAGAGGGGGGUGAGUUUGAGCGAACAAAAGGUUGUGGGACCCGCUUCGGGGGCGACACAAUGA